AUGCAGUUUUUCAAAGAAAUUUCCGGGUUCAAAUUUGUCCUAACAGGUCUCCCGCUGACUGAACCUGCUAAGCUGAAACAAGAACUAGCAAGGUCAAACAUCAAUCCAAGUGACGUCAAGGUUCUUUCCACAACCCCAUCAUCGCUCGGUACGUAUGCAUUGUACGUUCUCUACUUCCCUCGUGGUUCGGUGAAGUUACAGGACCUGAAGAAAACGAAAGCGUUGUUCAAUGUAGCUGUAUCGUGGCGGUUCUAUGAGAAACGCGUAGAUGACGCAGCUCAGUGCUUCCGCUGCCAGCGUUUUGGAUACGGCUCGACCAACUGUAACCUGGCUCCCAAAUGUGUGAAAUGCAGUGGUAAACAUCUCUCCAACGGGUGCUCACUUCCUAAGAAAGCAGCACUAAACAGUAAACAUAAUGACAGAAGCCAGCUUAAGUGCGCGAAUUGUGGUGCCAACCACACUGCUAAUUUUCGUGGGUGUCCAGCCAGAAAAUCCUAUCUGGAAGACCUAGACAAGAAGAGGAAAAAACCAACCCAUCUACCCCCUAGGAAGACUAACAUCGAUUUCCCGCUUCUCGGCAACCAAGGACCUCCAGCACCACGCCGAGCUACUCCCAAUGCGAACAGUAAUGCCACCUACGCACAAAUUGCAGCGCUUGGUACUCAUUCUCCUGCAUCUGACCCGCAUUCCAACGAUGGCCUUUUCACCAUCACCGAGUUCCUAUCCCUCGCGAGAGACAUGUUCAUCCGUCUCAAAGGAUGCCGAAGUAAGGAGCAACAAUUCUUCGCACUCUCUGAGCUAAUGUUGAAGUAUCUGUACAAUGGGUGA